AUGAGAAAAAUUUGUGUAUUGGAAUUUCUAACUGCUCAGCGAGUUCACUCAUUUAGAUCAGUAAGAGAAGAAGAGGUAUGGAAUCUUAUUGAAACCCUUUCUUCGUCCAACGGGCUUCCCGUCAAUCUCAGCAAGAAUUUAUUCGCCAUGACAAAUACUGUAAUUUCUAGAGUAGCAUUUGGAGAAAAGUGGAAAGGUCAGGACGACUUCAUAUCUCUGGUUAAGGAGAUAAUGAUGCAUAGUUCAGGUUUUAAUGUGCCAGAUUUGUACCUUUCACUUAAGUUCAUUGCUUCAAUCAAUGGGAUGAAGACUACCUUGAAGGGACUACACCAAAAGAGGGACAAAAUUCUUCAGGAUAUAGUUGAUGAUCAUAAGAUGAACAUAAUAACCGCUAGCACCACCAAUGACUCUUCAUGCAAGGAAAGAUCUUGUCUUAAAGGAAAGAGGAAAACUGAAUAUACAGACAUUCAGAAAUUAGAUUAUGUGAAAUUAGUUGUUAAAGAAACUAUACGAUUACAUCCUCCUGCAACCUUGAUCCCAAGGGCAUGUAGGGAGAGAUGUGAAAUCAAUGGAUAUGACAUACCUACUAAAACCAAAGUUAUUGUCAAUGCGUGGGCUAUAGGGAGAGAUCCUGAUUCUUGGGUUAAUGCUAAUUGCUUUAAGCCAGAGAGGUUCCAUGGUUCUUCUAUUGAUUUUAAAGGGAAUGACUUUGAAUUCCUUCCAUUUGGGGCUGGAAGAAGGAUGUGUCCAGGCAUAACAUUUGGUAUUGCAAUUAUUGAACUUGCACUUGCUCAAUUGCUAUACCACUUUGACUGGAAACUAUCAAAUGAAGUUAAACCAGAAGAACUUGACAUGACCGAGAAUUUGGGAUCAACCUGUGGGAGAAAAAAUGGUUUGUAUUUAAAUGUCACUCCUUGUAUUGCCUUUCUUAUGGAGACAUGCAAUCAAUAG